UUUUUUUAAUAUACUUAAAUUAAAAAAAAGCAAUAUACAAUUUUCUGCGCAGCCUCGAAUUGAACUGUCUCUCCCACCUACCCACCCACUUACCCACCUUCCCUACCAAGUGUAUUUUAUAUUAUGGAUAAAUAACAAAAGUAAAAUAUAUACACUUUAUAAUAAAAAUUUAUUACAGGACAUAGGAUUGACUGACAAUAAUGUUAUUAAGAUAAAAUAGAAAAAUUAAAAAAAAUCUUGUAUAAAAAAUAGCUUAAAAUUUGAUUUUAAAAAUUGUUUAUUAAAGCUUUAAAAUUAAAUUACAUAAAAUUAUGUGUAAUAUAAUUAAAUAUAUUUUUUUCAAGUGAUAAAAAGUGAUUAGUUUAUUAUUGAUAACGGUAGUUUGUUUAGUGUGUUUUGGCUGCUGUCAAGCAGCUGAUUUAAAAUAACAAAUAAAAUCGAAAUUAAUUGUCAAAUGAUUUCGAACAACGAUGAGCCAAAUGUCAACAACUAUCAACGUUUCGAUAUUAAUAUUAGACAAAAUUUUGAUGAUGAUAGAUAUGGUGCAAGCUCCAACUAUGGAACAAUUUUGUCAUCUUCAGACACACGUUUGAGAAUGACACAAAGAGAUGAUACAACAACUGGUCAAGAUACAGCAUCAUCACCUGGUGAAUUUUAUCAACAUCAGUCAAGAAGUUUUGAUGGUGAUGAACUCACAGAAAAUUCAAUCUUUGCAAGACAAUCAUCAGGGAUGGUUGAUGCUGAAAUGUACUGGGAGAUGAAUUAUCAUGAGGCAGCAAUAUUCUUAGAAGAAGGAAGAAAUAAUGAAAAAUUUGAUUCACAUCCAAGACAUCCAGAGGAUUUACCAGCUUAUUUAUUAGUUCAUAACAGUUGGUAUUAUGGUCUUGAUCUAUUGACAUCAUUAAUUUUACUCGUAUUAGCAUUUGUUGAAGAACCAGCUGUGGCACUUUUUCAAUUUCCAGUUUGGGCACAUGGAUCAAUUGAAUUACUGGCAUUAAUAACAAUCGGUGUUGAAUUAUCAUUAAAAUUACGAUGGAUUGGAUGGGGAACAAUACUAAAACACAAACGAACAAUGUUAAAGUGCAUUACCCUCGCUAUCAUGUUUCUCGAAGCAAUCAUUGUAGUAAUACGACAAUCAUCACAUUUUCGUGUAACAAGAGCACUUCGUCCAAUAUUUCUUGUUGAUACAAAAUACUGUGGUGGUGUUAGACGUUUUAUACGUCAAAUAUUACAAACAUUACCACCAAUUAUUGAUAUGCUUGGAUUAUUAUUAUUUUUUAUUGUAACAUAUAUGAUACUUGGUUAUUUUAUGUUCUCUGAAACAAAUAGAAAUUUCGAAACACUUCAAGAUUCAUUUGUCAGUUUAUUUGUACUUUUAACAACAGCAAAUUUUCCUGAUGUUAUGAUGCCAUCAUAUUCACGUAGUAAAUGGUACGGAAUAUAUUUUGUAACUUAUUUAUGUACAAUGUUGUACGUUAUGAUGAAUUUAAUGUUGGCUGUUGUUAAUGAAACAUUUACAUCAGCUGAACGUGAUAAAUUUAAAAAACUAUUUUUACAUAAACGUAAAGCAUGUCAGCAUGCAUUCAAGUUACUUGUAUCAAAACAAAAUCCAAAUAAAAUGAGAUUUCGUCAAUUUGAAGGAUUAAUGCGUUAUUAUGCACCAAAUAAAAGUACACUUGAUGUUAUAUUGAUGUUUGUACAUAUGAAUAAUUCAGGAAGUGGUUCAUUGAGUGGUGAAGAAUUUUUAUCUGUUUAUGAAAGUACAACAUUACAAUGGGAACAACAAUAUACUGGUGUACCAUGGUAUCAUGCUGCUUGGCAACCAUUACAAAUGUUAUGUACUGGUGCUCAUAAAUUUAUUGAAUGGCCAUAUUUUGAAUCAAUUGUUUAUGCAACAAUUAUUGGAAAUGGAAUUGGAAUGGUAGUACGUUUAUUUCAACCAUCAGAUAAUCAAAUUGAAGCUGCACAAAAAUUUGCAGCAAGCUGGGAUACAAUACUAUUUGGUGGAUUGUUUGUUACAGAGGCAAUCGUUAAAGUGCUGGGUCUCGGUAUGAGAAGAUAUUUAAGUUCUGGAUGGAAUUUAUUUGAUCUUGGUGCAUCAAUAAUGACACUAGUUGCAGCAUGUGGUUUAACAUUAUUUUCACGUGCAACAUUUUUUGUAAUAUUUCGUCCAUUACGUAUGUUACGUUUAUUUAAAAUGAAAAAACGUUAUCGUGAUGUUUUUGGUACACUUGUUAUAAUAUCACCAUUAAUGUGUUCAACAGCAAUUGUCAUGUUAAUACUAUAUUAUUUUUUUGCAAUUAUUGGAAUGGAAAUGUUUGCUGGUUAUGACAUGAGAAAUUGUUGUAUAAAUACAACAGUUGAAGAUUUUUAUAAAUAUUCUGGUAAUGGAAGUACAGCACUUGGUUAUUAUUAUUUAAAUACAUUUGAUAAUUUAGUUGCAAGUUGUAUGACAUUAUUUGAAUUAACUGUUGUUAAUAAUUGGUUUAUACUUAUGAAUGCAUAUGCAUUUAAAGUUGGUCUUUAUACACGUCUUUAUUUUAUGAUAUUUUAUUUGAUAACAAUGAUUGUAUUGACAAUUGUUGUAUCAAGUUUUUUGGAAGCAUUUAGAUUUAGAAUUCAAUAUAAACGUUCAACAUCAAAACGUGAUGAGGAAAAAAUGCUACAUGAAGAAGUUGAAUUAAGAUGGGAUGAUUUACAAACAAUUGUUCAAGAUUUUCAGCUGUUGGAACACUUGAGAUUAUCAGUUCCAAUUAAUAAUACUGCAACGUAUAUUGGAUCUCGACCAAGAACACGAGAAGUAUUACAACGUCGUAUGUAUACAAAUGAAAUAAAUGAAUGGCUUAAUGAAGCUAGACUUGAAGAAAAAGACAAUGGAUCUGGUAUAAUAAGUAGCUUUGAUGAAAUUGGAGUUGAUGAUAAUGAAAUUGAUCCUGAACAAGUUAUUAUAACACGUGGUGGUAUAUCAAAUUAUCAAAAUGGCAUUACGACAAGUCCAAUGUGAUAAAUAAAAUUAUUCAACAUUCUACAAUAUUUAAUUUUUAAAUUUUAUAUAAAAUUUUUUGAUUAUUUAUUACUUAGAAUUUAAUGAAAAAAUAUCUACGUAAUAUUUAUAUACAUAGUAAAUUUUUUUAGUUAAUUUUUACCAAAGAGAAAAAAAUAAAAAAUAUCAGAGUAUUGAAAAUAAUGCAGCUAGUAGUUAUUUACAGCUAUUUAUUAUUUUUUGAUAAUAAUAAAAUUAAAUUUUUGUGUUAAUUUAAUUAGUCUGUAAUUAAUUUUAAUUAAUUUAAAAUCAUCAAAACAAGCACCAUAAAAUCAUUUUUUUAAAAAUAAAUAAAAAAAACAUUUUUCAUCAAAUCAUUACCAUUAAAAUUAUUAUUUAUUAAAAGUAGACAUAAUAAUUUAUAAAAAAAAAAAAAAAAAAAUUAUCAUUUUUUGUACAAAAAUGAAAGAAAAUAAUAAUAAAUUUGUUCAUGUUUUUACUCACAUUAAUUACCAUACUGUAGUUUAUUGUAAACAAAAAUAAAAAAUAAAAAUAAACGUGAUGUUAAGAGAAAAAAAAAAAAAAA